AGAAAAAAAAAUUCUACCAAUCAGGUCGCUUCAAGAAAAAGCACGCCCAUAGCACGCUUGAUAUGAAGAUUUAACUGACAUUAAAACGUGCAAACACAGAUAUUUAGAAUAAAAACAUGAAAUAAACAACCAAUAGAAUCUAAAUACUAUACAAUUACUUUAUAUAUCACUGUCAAAUAUCAGUAAACACACAAAGUCACUUGUAAAUGUCACUUGUAAGAUUCAUUGUAAAAUAGUUUAAAUUCAUUGUCAAAUGGGAAACAAAAUUCCACCUGUGUGCUUGGCUAUCAUGAAUGUGUAUUGAUUUGAUGGGCCAGGCAAAGUCCUGCCCCUCUGAAGAAACACUGAUCGAGAACAGACUUUGCCCUUCACAGCUCAUAACAGGAAGCAACGUGUGGCAGACAAAAGAGAUGAACAAGGAACAAUCUCCACCUUCUUACAACCCUUAUUACCCUCCGCCAUAUCCAAAUUCAACGCAAGGUAAUGCUGGGUAUCCACACUAUCCAAAUGCAACCCAAGGAAAUGCUGGGUAUCCACAAUAUCCAAAUGCAAUACAAGGAAAUGCUGGGUAUCCACAAUAUCCAAAUGCAACCCAAGGUAAUGCUGGGUAUCCACAAUAUCCAAAUGCAAUACAAGGAAAUGCUGGGUAUCCACAAUAUCCAAAUGCAACACAAGGUAAUGCUGGGUAUCCACAAUAUCCAAAUGCAACACAAGGUAAUGCUGGGCAUCCACCAAUGGGCAUGAUGCCUCUCGCUGGUAUGAUGCCCCCCACUGCUGAAAAUGUCAAUAUGGGGAAUCCAGACGACGCUCCUCCAGAAUAUACCCUGGGCUUUGAGAAUGAGAACUGCUUUUCAGAUGCUGCCAUAAGAAGAGGUUUUAUAAGAAAAGUCUACUUGACACUUAUGAUUCAGCUACUGAUAACUGUUGGAAUCAUCUGUGCUUUCCUUUAUUGGGAGACACUCAGCGACUGGGUGAAAGACACAUACUGGUUUACCUACACCAUGAUGGGUGUUACAUUUGCUCUGGUUAUUGUGCUCGUAUGUUGUGUUGAUAUACGUCGCAAAGUUCCUUUAAACUUCAUCUUCCUAGGACUGUUUACAAUUGCAGAAGGCUGUCUCCUUGGAUCAGUGGUAGUGUACUAUUCAGCAGAAGCGGUGCUUUGGGCAGUGGGUGCAACGGCUUUGGUGUCACUUGCAAUGAGUUUGUUUUCACUACAGUCUAAAUGGGACUUUACAGCUGCUUCAGGAUGCAUCUGGGCAAUGAGCUGGACACUGUUUUCAUUUGCAUUGCUUUGCGCAAUUCUGAGAUCCCAGUAUUUGUACAUCUUUUAUGCAUCGCUGGGAACUUUGAUCUUCUCUGUGUACUUGGUGAUUGACACACAGCUCAUACUGGGAGGAAAGCACAAAUACAGCAUCAGUCCAGAAGAGUACAUCUUUGCUGCUUUGAACUUGUACAUUGAUAUUGUCACAAUAUUCUUAUUAUUGCUUCAAUUAAUUGGGUUCUGUCGUUGAUAUGGUUUGUCAACAUCAUUAUUGCUGCCGUAUUCAGCAUCAGGCUUGGGAUUUGCUAUACAUUUUACCUCAAUUUUUGUUGAAACAUGACUCCAUUGUUUCUGUAAAAUAAUAUAAGUCAAACAGAAUUUAAUUAGAAUUUUUAUAUAUGUAAAUGAGAUAUGAUAAUAUAUUUGUCUGUAAAAAUGCUAUUAAAAAGAAUACAAUAAUUGUUAACUUAAGGUAAAUAACGUAAAUUAGCUAUGUUUAAAAGUAUUAAAAAUAUAAAUAUGGCGUACGUUUUGUGUUUUGAGAUACAUUUUUACCAAAAUAAAAAUAAAAAAAUUACUCCAUUGUGUAACUCAAUAAAAUCUUUGCUA